GCCAUGGCGGCCUGGACGUGUUGCCGGGUGGCCGCCGUGUCCUGCCUGGUGCUCUGCGUCUCCCUGCUCCUGCCGCGCACCUUCCUGCCCCGGGCCGGCGGCAGGCAGGAGCCCGGAGCCGCGCCGCCCGAGGGGAAGCUUGGUCGCUUUCCACUGAGGAUGCAUUCCCACGCCAUUCCUGAUGGCCGAGCUGUCCCUCAUUUUCCAAGGUCUCACCUUACUGAAGCAGUUGCCAAAGCCAAGGCAGGUGGAGGUGGUAGUGGAAGCACUGGUGGAAGUGGAAGAGGUCUUGUGGGACAGAUUAUCCCUAUAUAUGGAUUUGGCAUCUUCUUAUAUAUUCUGUACAUUUUAUUUAAGCUGGCUUCCAAGGGAAGAACUACUCCUGCAGAGCGGAAAUGCCCCACUGCUACACCUGGGAAUAUGAAGAGGAAAAUCACUGACUAUGAGCUCACUCAACUCCAGGAAAGACUGAGAGAGACAGAAGAAGCAAUGGAAAAAUUAAUCAACAGAGUAGGUCCUAAGAAUGACAGGACCCAAAAUGUUACAACAGACCAGGAAAAAAUGUUACUUCAACAACUCCGAGAAAUUACUAGAGUUAUGAAGGAAGGAAAAUUCGUUGAUGACAUCUCUCCUGAGAAGGAAGCUGAGGAAGCUCCUUACAUGGCGGAUUGGGAAGGUUAUCCAGAAGAGACCUAUCCUGUCUACGAUAACUCCGAUUGCUUCAAGCGCAAACAGGACACAAUCCUUGUGGAUUACCCUGACCUGAGCCAGCCCACUCCAGAAGAGCUGGCAGAAAGAAUGGAGGGCAUGGAAGAUGAGGAGUAUCCUUACGAUGAAACCCUGCUAAGUGAUCUCACCACGGGAAUGAGUGGUCAGGAUUUAAUGCAGAAAAAGGAAGAUGUAACUCUCAUCAGGGAGGAGAAGAGUGACCUUCCCACCAGCCAGAGCACUGGGGAGUGCUGCUGUUGCUGUGAUGAUGAUCCGGCUGUCAUAGCAGAGAAUGCUGGAUUCCACUCUGAGAGCUGCAGUGAAGUAGAAGAGACAAGCCAAGAGGACCUGUCAGCGGAGUCAGAAAAUGAAAAUGCAGCCCUGCAAAAAGUCACGGAUUCAGAGGAGACAGGCACACUGAGAAAGCGCAACACCAAAGUACUUGGUUGAUAGGGACAACAGUGGAUGCUAUCUGGAUAUAAAGGUAGAGGUCAUGAACUGUCAUCCAUGUGGGUUUUGUUCCUCCCGGUGAGGACUUGUGUGUGUUCAUCUCCUUGUACCUAUUGCAUUCUCGUGGUACCAGUCACACCAUCUGCCUGAACUGGAAGCCAGUGCCCUCUUUCAUGCACUCGUCAUGGGUUACCAUGAUGCUGCCAACAGUGCUUUGUCCUUGAUUAUUGAAGCCUUGUAUUUUGGAGCAGAUAUUUGUGACUCAUUCCUUUUCAGUUCUAAAGGAGCCAUUUUUGUGCUUUUUCAUCCGAGAAUUAACCAAAUAUCUCUUCUGACUUUUCCAAAAACAUCCAUGUGCUACCAGUUAGGAGAGUUAAUCAAAUCCUUUUAUAUACAUGAGUUUACUGGGAUGCUGAAGGACAAAACAUGCCUUCUUUCUCUUAGCUCAGUGUUAGCUGGACAGCAGAUCAUAGUCACACACAUGAUUCUCCCUGUCAUUGCUCUCUAUGCUUGAGAAACUGCUGUCACUACAAUCCACAAAGCUUCUAUGCUACACCACAGCCCCUUUCCCAGUUAUUCCAUGUUGUUUGAACAGUAGCCUAAUCCACGUUGUGUUACUUGUGUGAGCAAGACUGGAGCUCUGUGAGUUGUGCUUUAACUUUGCCUUAGCCAAGGUGAAAUUCCCAGAUGAUUGCAGGAAGUGGACCACAAUGUGUGAGAGCACUAAAAAUAUCCCUAGAGAUUAAAAAAAAAGCAGUGUUAAGUUUUGUCUAUAAAGGAGGGAACAUGAGGGACCCUCAGACUGAAGGUAGCAGGUAGGCUUUUCCUCCUUCCUGGAAACCUGCAGGUUUUUUAUGCUCUUGGAAUGUUGUUGCGAGGGUCAUGUUGAGGCAACUCUAGGUAUGGGAUGAGGAGGGUGCUGGGGUCAAGGGCUCCUGAGGGGACAUGGCAGGCUGUCCCUGUACCCAAGGGACAGCCUUUCUUGUACAAGCAGCAUGACAGGUGGGAUGGGCUCCAGGGAAGGGUUCGUCAUCUCCCAUGAACUUCGUGCUUCUCCCAUAUCUGGGCACUUUUCAGGCCCACCAUAACCCAGUGUAUUGGGCCACACUCAUAGCCCAGUCACAGUGGCUGUUUGUGAUGUCACCAGUCCCCUGAGUGCUCUGGCACUAUA